GUUCCCGACCUAGUCUGAGCAUCGCCUGAAACCCCAAAAAAAAAUCCCAGGCCCUAAAUUUCCUGUGCUUGUUGCCACCCUUAUUCAAAAUUUCAAAGAUUUCAGGUCGAGGUCGAGCAGAUGGGGAGCAUUGGAAUCUCCUCCGUCCCAACUAUCCAAAAAAUUGUUCUUUGCAGUGGAGUUCAAAGUUCCUCGGUCGACAACUCAUGGAAGUCGGAUUCUAUGAGAUGCUCCUCGGAAUGGAAACGGUCCUGGAACUCAAUUCGAGCAACGAAAGCGAGGGAGCAUUCCAUUGUUGCUUUAAAGCUCAGGAAGCGGAGCAUUUCCAGGCUUCUGGCAUCUUAACCUUUGUUUGUAUUCUCUUUAACGUAUAUGGGACGCCGAGACUGAGACAAAGCUGAAUUUUGUAUCUUGAGGAGGUGGAUUCCCUUUUUGUUAUGUUGGUAGAUAGCCAGUGGAAAGAAAGCAGUGAAAUUGGGUGAAUUCGGGAUUCACAGAACUUGGGUGGGCUUCACUUAUGGCCUAUGCAUUUAAAGCGCCAUUGUUUUUCUUUGAUUUUUCAUGCUAGAAGACGCUUGCAUGAUAAGUUUUCCUGUUAACAUCAGGAUUCGCAUUUGAAGACUUUUCUAGCCGAAGAGGAUUUAUUAUAACUUUCCAGAGAGUUCUUGCUAUCUACUAGAGAAAUCUGGAACCUCAUCUUUUAUUCUCACCCAGAGGGUCAUUUACUUAUGGAAAACACCCAUGAUUCAUCAAAUAAGGUACUUUGUGUCCAAGAUAAUCUAAAUGAAACAAGAAGAACACCUCAUGUAUUGGUCAAUGAAAGUGAGACUACAACUAAUGAUAAAACUGUGGAUGGUGUUCCAAUUCUAUCGGCUCCGGUAAUUCCAAGGAAGACUGGAAUUUAUCUUUUCUUCCACGACAUACGCUGUGUCUUCAAGUUGGAUGAGCUAGGUAGGGAGGUUGCAAGAAUUGCAAUUCCUGCAGCGCUGGCUCUAGCAGCUGAUCCUCUUGCUUCGUUGAUCGAUACCGCAUUUAUUGGUCGAUUAGGUUCAGUGGAGCUUGCAGCUGUAGGAGUUUCUAUUGCUAUAUUCAACCAAGUUUCAAAAGUUGCUAUUUAUCCUCUUGUUAGUGUUACAACAUCCUUUGUAGCAGAGGAAGAUGCUCUAUGUAGCAACAUCCUUGAAGAAAAAGGAAAUGCAGACUUGGAAAAAGCUACUGUAAUUGAUGAAACUAAAGUGUCAGCUCCUUCUAGCGAAGUUUCAGAUGCUAAGAAGAUCGGAAGCAACUUGUCAAAUAUUGCCAAUACAUGCACAAACUUAUCAACAACUGGAAAAAAGAGAAAAUUCAUACCGUCAGUGUCAACAGCCUUGUUUGUUGGCGUAGUUCUUGGAAUGCUUCAGGCAAUUCUUCUCAUUGUUACAGCAAAAUUCGUCUUGCACGUAAUGGGAGUGAAAAGGGGCUCUCCAAUGCUAGCUCCGGCAAUGAGAUAUUUGACAUUAAGGUCUCUUGGUGCCCCUGCUGUACUCUUAUCUUUGUCUAUGCAAGGAGUGUUUCGUGGCUUUAAAGAUACUAGAACGCCCUUAUAUGCUACCAUGGCUGGAGAUCUGACCAACAUAAUUUUGGACCCGAUUCUGAUAUUUGUUUUCCAUAUGGGUGUCAGUGGUGCUGCCAUUGCCCAUGUCAUAUCUCAGUACUUUAUUACCUUGAUACUGCUAUGCAGAUUAAUCAACAUGGUGGAUAUUGUUCCACAUAGCAUGAAAUCUUUUAAAUUUGCUAGGUUUCUCAGAUGUGGAUUUUUGCUGCUAGCAAGGGUAAUUGCAGUGACAUUUUGUGUGACAAUGGCGGCAUCACUUGCUGCACACCAUGGACCAACUCCCAUGGCUGCUUUCCAAAUCUGCUUGCAAGUUUGGUUAUCUACAUCUCUUCUUGCUGAUGGAUUGGCUGUUGCUGGUCAGGCUAUAUUGGCUAGUGCGUUUGCUAAAGGAGACCUUCAAAAAGUUGCAACGGCUACAUCUCGUGUGUUGCAGUUAAGCAUAGUUCUCGGAUUGGCCCUGUCUGCUUUGCUGGGAUUUGGCUUGCAAUUCGGUUCAGGAAUCUUUACAAAAGACAUCAAUGUGAUAAAACAAGUUCACAAAGCCAUUCCUUUUGUUGCUGGAACUCAAACAAUAAACUCUCUGGCUUUCGUGUUUGAUGGUGUAAACUUUGGAGCUUCAGAUUACACUUUCUCUGCCUAUUCAAUGGUUGCAGUAGCAGCUGUGAGCAUUCCUUCCUUGAUUUUUCUAUCUAAUAGCCAUGGCUUUGUUGGAAUAUGGAUUGCACUAACAAUUUACAUGAGCUUGCGAACGUUAGCUAGUGUUUGGAGGAUGGGCUCAGCAACUGGACCCUGGACUUUUAUUCGGAAAUGAAUUAUUUAAGAAAUAUGGUGUGUCUCAAUGCAUGGAGCUCCAAUUAAUCUGAGAAUUGUGCCCAUUUGUUUAAAAUGUCCAGUCAAAUAAAUAAAUAAAUAAUUCUGUAUCAUUUGUAGCAGAGUAUGUUUUCAUUUUGCAGCCAUCUUGAAUAUUUAUGGUAAAUGAAUCUUCCAUCACAAUUAUUA